UUUCUCUUCUCCCAGGUGACAUACCUCAUUCUCUAGACCUCCCAGAGAACCAAUCAACAACCUCAGCAAUAUGACACUAGCAGCCUACAAGGAGAAGAUGAAGGAGCUUCCCUUUGUGUCCCUCUUCUGUUCCUGUUUUUUCACUGAUCCCUUAAAGAAACAAACUUACAAAUAUGAUGCAGAUACAGUGGACCUCACGUGGUGCGUCAUCUCAGACAUGGAAGUCAUAGAGUUAAACAAACGAACCUCCGGCCAAGCCUACGAGGUCAUCCUUAGGGCGCCUUGCUUUGACGGCGUCCCAGAACUGAAUACCUCCCUCCCCCAACGCCGGGACCCCUCACUGGAAGAGAUCCAGAAAAAACUUGAAGCUGCUGAAGAGAGACGUAAGUGUCAGGAAGCCGAGCUCCUCAAACACCUGGCAGAGAAGAGGGAACACGAGCGCGAGGUCAUUCAGAAAGCCAUCGAGGAGAACAACAACUUCAGCAAAAUGGCCAAAGAGAAGCUGAUACAGAAAAUGGAGGUCAACAAGGAGAACAGGGAGGCCCAUCUAGCCGCUAUGCUCGAGCGUCUGCAGGAGAAGGUUAGUUAAAGGAUAAGCACGCGGAAGAAGUGAGGAAAAACAAAGAGAUGAAGGAAGAAGCUUCCAGGUAGAAGGUGGCGGCCUUAUACAUUUUGGACUGAGGACUCCACGUGGGUGCCUGAACUGCCCAGCACAAUAUUAAGCAACCGAGACUCUUUUAUUGCUUUUAUUUAUUUUUUCUUUGUUUGUGAAUGUUCAAGAGAUGACCGGCAAAAAAAAAAAAAAAAGUCGCCUUUUUUUCUGAGAAGCUUAGGGGCGGGAAUUUGGGAAGAUGUAACGGGAGGAAGGGGGCGACCAUCUCAUCCGCAGAGACCUAACCAAUCAAUCGUACCCGAUGGAACCCUGGCUCCCAUGUCUUGCCACCGUGUCACCACCCAUGCCAUACUUGUACUAAAAAUACAAACAAAUAAAGCCAGCUUGCCGCCAUGGGCGCCGCGGAUGGCGGUCUCCAGGCUGCCGCAGAGCACACGACUUCACCGUUCUCUGUACCUGCUCUAGGGAAGGCUGUUUAAUGGCACUGAUUUUAUAUGUCUAACAUUGUAACGUCAAUACAUAUUGAAUUUACCAUU